CGGAGGAGCCGGGCUGCCGCUCCCUUGUGCGCAUGCUCGGCUCUGGGCACAAGAUGGCGGCGGCGGCGGCGGCGGCGGCGGCGGAUAAACAGAAGCCUGAGCACGGGCGGGUGAAGAUCGGGCACUACAUCUUGGGGGACACGCUGGGCGUGGGCACCUUCGGCAAAGUCAAGGUUGGCAAGCAUGAGCUGACUGGGCACAAAGUAGCGGUGAAGAUCUUGAACAGACAGAAGAUUCGCAGUCUUGACGUUGUGGGGAAAAUCCGCAGAGAGAUUCAGAAUCUGAAGCUUUUUCGACAUCCGCACAUAAUUAAACUCUACCAGGUUAUCAGCACACCAUCUGACAUUUUCAUGGUGAUGGAAUAUGUCUCAGGAGGUGAACUGUUUGAUUACAUCUGUAAAAAUGGAAGGCUUGAUGAAAAGGAGAGUAGACGUCUGUUCCAGCAAAUUCUUUCAGGUGUGGAUUAUUGCCACAGGCACAUGGUAGUCCACAGAGACUUGAAACCUGAAAACGUACUGCUUGAUGCACACAUGAAUGCCAAGAUUGCUGAUUUUGGCCUUUCAAAUAUGAUGUCAGAUGGAGAAUUUUUGAGAACAAGCUGUGGUUCUCCUAACUAUGCUGCUCCAGAAGUAAUUUCAGGAAGAUUAUAUGCAGGCCCAGAAGUUGAUAUCUGGAGCAGUGGAGUUAUUCUUUAUGCUCUGUUAUGUGGAACCCUUCCAUUUGAUGAUGAUCAUGUGCCAACACUUUUUAAGAAGAUAUGUGAUGGUAUCUUUUAUACUCCUCAGUAUCUGAAUCCAGCAGUAAUUAGCCUUUUGAAACACAUGUUGCAGGUGGAUCCCAUGAAGAGAGCUACAAUAAGAGACAUAAGGGAACAUGAAUGGUUUAAGCAAGACCUCCCCAAGUACCUCUUUCCUGAAGACCCAUCUUACAGUUCAACAAUGAUUGAUGAUGAAGCCUUAAAAGAGGUCUGUGAUAAGUUUGAAUGCACAGAGGAGGAAGUACUAAGCUGCUUGUAUAAUCGAAAUCAUCAGGAUCCUUUAGCUGUUGCCUAUCACCUCAUUAUAGAUAACAGGAGAAUAAUGAAUGAAGCGAAAGACUUUUAUUUGGCUACAAGCCCACCAGAUUCCUUUCUUGAUGAUCACUUUUCCCGUCCCCACCCUGAAAGAGUGCCAUUUUUAGUUGCUGAAUUACCAAGGCCGCGCCAUACACUUGAUGAGCUAAACCCACAGAAGUCCAAACAUCAAGGGGUCAGAAGAGCUAAGUGGCAUUUGGGAAUUCGGAGUCAGAGUCGACCAAAUGACAUAAUGGCAGAAGUUUGUCGAGCAAUCAAACAGUUGGAUUAUGAAUGGAAGGUUGUAAAUCCAUACUAUUUGCGUGUUCGAAGGAAGAAUCCAGUAACUGGCACGUAUUCCAAAAUGAGUCUACAGUUAUACCAGGUGGACAGUAGGACUUACCUGUUGGAUUUCCGUAGCAUUGAUGAUGAAAUUACUGAAGUAAAAUCUGGGACUGCCACUCCCCAGAGGUCGGGAUCUGUGACAAGCUACAGAUCUUGCCAGAAGGAUUCGGACACUGAUGCUCAAGGAAAAUCCUCUGAUAUGUCUCUUACCUCAUCGGUGACCUCUUCUCUUGACUCAUCUGCAGCUGAGUUAACCCCAAGAUCAGGGAGCCACACAAUAGAAUUUUUUGAAAUGUGUGCAAAUCUUAUUAAAAUACUUGCACAAUGAUUUGUACAGUCGGCUUAUUUUUUUUUACAGCAAUAAGCAUGCCUAAAAAAGAAAAGAAAUCAUAGUCAAAUGCUUCCAAUUAUAAUCAAGUUACAGUUAACUUUGGCGCUGAGAAGACUAGCCACACUGCAAUUUGCACAGGAAUUGAAUAUAAAUUUAAAAGCAGUCUAGACAUCUUAAUGUAAUGAGGCAAAUUAUGAUUAGACAGUCCACUGGUAUGAUUCAGGUGAAAGAAAAGGCAGCCUUUAUGAGCAGAGUUUAUUUUUCACUGUGUACACAUUGGGGCUUCAUGGACUCUAUUAACCAUACUCUUUUGUAGUUUGUCUUUAUAUUGCUGACUAUGUAUUCCUGUUACAGUAAAAGUGGUCACUUGUUAGAUCAGAAUCAGUGAAGAUGACUUUGGAUAGUAGGUUUCAGUUGCACCCUGAUCUGUCAAUUAACUGUUUCUUUUAUCAAACAGCACUUGUCUCAAGGCUGCUAGUGGUAUACUUGGGUGAAAAAGGUAAAGCAACUCCUACCAUUAUUUUUUUUAAAAUAAUUAUUGUGUUUCCAGAUCUAAAUCAAAUUCUUAAUGUGUUUUAAUCUUCAAUAAGUUACAGGAGUGAAUAUAGUUAAGGCCAUCAGUGUGGGAGUUCACUUUUUAGGAACAGAAGAAAUUGGCCAGCACUGAAAGCUUGUUGUAUAAACCCAUGUGGGACUUUUGGCUUGGCUUUUCUUAAACAGUCACCGUACAUGCCAAGUUUCAGAAGCACUGUGUGAUAACAGCAAGGGAGGAGGCUGUUAUUCAGUAGCAGGAAGCAGCCAGAAAUUGUAAUGUGGUAAUGCAGAACCUUCCCAUGGCCCUAGGUAGGGAUGGGAUCCUAGCUGUGGAUUUUAGUCAUGGAUUAGUAGAGACGGGACUUUCUAGUCAUAGCACUGUCUUUAGAAAGAUAAAAUAUAUAUACUUGGUAAGUUUACAGCUGUGCAAAUUCACUGAAUCAUGUGAUAUUAGUAGCUUCUUGCAUGCUACAACACAAUAGGAUGUGAAUCUUGCGCCUAAACCCAAUGAGAAUGUGGCUGGUAGGACAACUCAAAUAGAUUAGUGCAUGCAGUUCUUGGAAGCUUACACUGUGAAUUCAGUGGUUUCUGUUUUCAUAGGGCUUUCAUAUACAAAUUUCUUGGCAGAUAACUCUUCUAGUAAUGGAUGAUUUGGAUCUUGCCUCAGUUGCAUAGUACUUUUUUACACCACUUUUUAUACUCAAUUAAGAUUUUUAAAAGUAAGAUAACAUUAAGUAGCUCUGUUGGUUUUGAAAUGUACAAAAACCCAUUGAUUAGCAAUGGUUGGGCAGGUUUGGCUGCUAGAAACUGAGCAUGUUUUUGAUUAUUACUGUAAGUGCUGACAUAAUACCCAUGCCAUAUAUGCUUAUUUAAAAUUAGACAAAUUAGGCAAAUUAGAAGAGGAUAUGCAAGUGAAAGACUACAUUUUCCUGGUGCCCAGCUCAGAUACAACACUUAACUAUGGUUAUCAGUAAACUUGCUCUGUUGCCUUAAUUCUAGCUGGUCCCAAACACACAAGCUAUGUAUACACAGAAUGACAUGCAAAUAUUCUGUGUCAUUCUAAUUUACCAUGAAUAAACUACCUGAUUGAGCAUGCAUUCCAUUUGCUCCUACUUUGCUUUUCUCAGCUACCAUGGCUACUAAACAAACUAGGAAUGACUUGUUGGCAUUACUGAAAAUCCUGGCUCAUUGCUUGAAAACAAUCCAGGAUUUGCAGAUGACAGGUUUUUGUUUGUUUUUGUUUUGUUAUUUGUUUUUGGUUUUCCUAAUUUGUUUUGGAACAACAAGACAAGAUACCAGUUCAGACAGAACGUUUAACAAAACCAUUGCAGGUUUGUUUAGUGGUGGUGCUAGCAUUACAGAGCAAAUGAGCUUUGUAUUUUGGCACACGGCUCAUUCAUAAUAAUGCAGAAUUCUUGUCCACAAGGAAGUUGUGGGGUUAACUUGCCAAGGAGAGCCCUUCCACCUGACAGCUUAUAUAGGAAGGCACAGAAAUACUUCAACAUUCAAGCAGAGAGGGAAAGCUGCUUUUUCCAUUGUUUGCUUGGUGCAGAUGUGGUUAAUACCAAUUUAUUGGAAACCAAAGGUUUCAUACCCUAGUUUAUGGGCAGUCUUUAACUUGAGUAGUCAUAUGAUUAAAGGAAACAAAACUGUGGUAAACAUUACAUAUGAAUAGGACCGAUAGUGUGUGCAAAUUCCAGUAAGCACCCAGAUCUCUUAAUCUUUCAAUGCAGUGAUAAUCUCUGGUAGGAUGGGUUCUCUGCAGAUCAUAGCAGCCACAAUACUUUGGAUAGGAAUACAACCUGAACCUGGUAAGCAGGUAGAUCUGUACCUAGAGAUGCUCUGAGUCAUACAUAACAUGCAGUUCUUUAAACCUACACUUGCUGCGUGCAUUCAAGGUCAUUGUUAUUUGUUGGUGUGUUAACCAUGUAGAAGCUCAUACCUGGCAUUUCAUGCUGUCUUAAAACAACCAUAUACUUAACAGUAACCCUUCAAAUUUUGUCAUCUGCACAUCUUUCAGAGAUACAUACAUAUGUGUGGGCUUCUCAUGUUAACAUUUCAACAUUUCUUCAAACUUAAUACUUUUCAAAAUGCAACAAUGUCUUUAGAAUGAGUGGUCCUUAAUGUUUACUUUGGAAGGCGUGUAUGUGAUGCAAUGAGGCAGGCCAGUUUAAAUGUUACUUUUAGAGAUGUAGUACAGGUAUGAUACCAUACAAAGAGGUUCUCUUGGGACCAAGUCAUAGGUGUGCUUUCUUAAUUCACAAAAAUAAAAUAAAAACAUGUUUAUGUCUGGUUUUGCUGCACCUGUUCAGUAAUUGUGAUUGUAAUUAGUUAUGCUGUAUUAAUUUUGAAAUGGUUAAUAUUGCACUUUGCAAAUGGCAUAAACGCACACUUUUUUCCUUGUUUUAUUUCUGGGUAGCCUCUAGGACGUGUAGAGUCAGUUAUAUUCUGUGGUUUUGGCAAACAUGGAACAAUCAGGCCCAAGCCUCAAGCACCACUGCUACACAUUAUCAGUCUACUGUAGUUGGAUGUAGAGCCUAAUAGUAUGCAUGUUUGUACUGGAUUACAUGCAUAUAAUUAGGCUGUAUGCCCCACUAAAAUAGAUAGAUGAUGUGCAACGGUGGCACACUCAGCCCCAGAAAACCCUGUGUUAGGUUUGCUGUAGGGUUGCCAUAAGUCAGAAACGACCUGAAGGCACAUGACAACAACAAACAAGUUACAUCCCACUGAGUUCAGAGGCUUCUUCUUAGGUAUAUCUACAUCUGCAGUUUUUGGUGUAACUCUUAUUCUAAUCCUACUGAAAUGGAUGGAAGAUUCCACCAGCAGCAUCUGCUGAAUUAUGUGCAGUGUCUUUUCACUGGAAAAUGGAACAAACGUCCAUUUUAUACAUUUUGGUCAUUUUUGUUCUCAAGAUAUCAUGGCUUUAAUUUUAUCUUAGUAUAUGGAGGUUAAAGUAUGUAGCAAAAGGGUACAGUUGCCUAUACUGAUUUGGUCAGGUUUUUUAAAAAGGCUUUGUUCAUUAAAUGUUUCAUUUUCUAUUCCAUUUUUUUUAUUGUCAUAACUGGGGCUGUCUGAUGUAUAUUAUUCAAGCAAAAGUGCUGUUUCAUUUUUUUUUAAACUUGCAGUAAAAUGUUGAUCUUGAAAUGGUGUUUAUUAAAACUAGACCUUCUGUGGUCUUGCCGUAGAGGCUUAGAAUUGGUUUUUCUUAGUGUUACAUUCAGACAGGAUGGUAGCUGGUCAUAUAGCAAGAGGAACUGCUUUGCGAAAGAGAUAGCUGUGGAACUCUGAAGAAAAAGGGCUUGCUAAACAGCAUCUUUAAAAGAAACAAAAAGGCAUAGGGUUUAUUGUGUAACAGGCCAAGUACAGUUUUUUUUUAAAGGUGUUACUCCAAGUUUGUUCUAGUGGGAAAGCUUUUUAUCUGUCCAUGUGCAAUGUAAUUUUAACACUGGUGAGAGGGUAGAAGUCCAUCUUUGUGGUGCAAUAUUUUCAAAGACCAACUUUCAUCAGUGUUUUGACAUUUUAAGUGUUUCAGUACAAGCUUUGAAAUAUUUACUUUGUCACCUGAUUCUCUCCCCCCCUCCAUUAUACAGCUUAAUGAAUGGAUGACCACCUUCUUUUACAAACAAGAUGUGCCUACUUCUAUUGCAAAUUUUCUCUCUCUCUUUUUGUUGGCAGUACUGAAUGAAAAACUGCUUGUGAUAGCUCUAUAUGACUUGUUACUUUUAACAAACAUUAAAUUGUAUGCGAGUAAAUUUA